CAGACCACGACCACAGUGGCUCUGCCUGUUCGUACCGUAAAAUACAAUCUUUCAGAGCGGAAAAUCCGUCUUAUCUUCGUCCAUCAGUGCUGUGACUUGUCUUCUAAAUAUUUGUCUUCGCUGGACUCUAUCGAGGGAUGUCAAAGCGAGUACGAAGCAGAGAGGUCUGCGCUGAUUGCAGUGCUCCUGAGCCACGCUGGGCCUCUGUUAACAGGGGUGUUUUGAUCUGUGAUGAGUGCUGCAGCAUCCAUCGAGGUCUGGGACGACACAGCUCUCAAGUCAGACAUCUGACUCAUUCUUCAUGGCCAUCCUCUCAGCUACAGAUGGUCCAAACACUUUAUGGCAAUGGAGCUAAUUCCAUAUGGGAGCACAGCCUUCUGGAUCCUUCUUCCUCAGCUACUGGGAAACGUAAAGCAAACCCUCAGGACAGAGUCCAUCCCAACAAGACAGAGUUCAUCAAGGCCAAAUACCAGAUGUUGGCGUACGUCCAUCGGAUGCCGUGUCGAGAGGAUGACAGUGUAACCGCAAAAGACCUCAGCAAGCAACUCCACUCCAGUGUUAGGACUGGAAACCUGGAGACCUGCCUCCGACUUUUAUCUUUGGGAGCACAGGCCAACUUCUUCCAUCCUGAGAAAGGGAACACCCCACUACACAUAGCAGCAAAAGCAGGACAGAUACUACAGGCAGAGCUAUUGGCAGUUUAUGGAGCUGAUCCCGGAGCUCUGGACUCCAGCGGGAAGACCCCCAUUGAUUAUGCAAGACAAGCUGGGCAUCAUGAGCUGGCAGAGAGGCUGGUGGAGAUCCAGUAUGAGCUCACUGACCGGUUAACCUUUUACCUGUGUGGGAGAAGACCAGAUCACAGAAACGGGCAACACUUCAUCAUUCCACAGAUGGCAGACAGAAAUAAUAGCCUGGAUUUGUCAGAGUUUGCAAAAGCUGCAAAGAAGAAGCUCCAGUCGCUAAGUAAUCAUCAGUUUGAAGAACUUGCUAUGGAUGUUUAUGAUGAAGUGGACAGAAGAGAAACGGAUGCAGUGUGGUUGGCCACUCAGAACCACAGCACUCUUGUAACAGACACCACAGUUGUGCCUUUCCUGCCUGUCAAUCCAGAGUACUCGUCCACCAGAAACCAGGGUCGUCAGAAAUUGGCGAGGUUUAGUGCUCAUGAAUUUGCCACCCUGGUUAUCGAUAUUCUAACUGAUGCUAAACGGCGGCAGUGGGGUAACUCCUGUGAAAGUCCUAAAGACAACGUGGAGCUGAUCCUUCAGGGAAUCAACAGUCGCCAUAACAGCGAGAGCCAGGACAAUGACCAGCCUGAUUAUGACAGCGUGGCAUCAGAUGAGGAUCCGGUGCAGGAGGCCACCUGUGGGGACAGCUGCAAUGAUAGAAGAACCAAGAGUUCAGAGUCAUCUGACCUCUCUGACGGACCAAUCACAGUGCAGGAAUUUAUGGAGGUAAAGAGCGCCCUGACUGCAUCGGAAGCCAAAAUACAACAGCUUCUGAAAGUGAACUGUCAUCUCAGUGAAGAACUGCGGAUGAUGCAGAGCAAGCUGAGCUCCCUGCAGACUGAAAACACAACACUGCGAUGGCAGACCCCUGGCGGACAGCAACAGCUUCAGGGGCCCUGUGGUCGACACCCGCCCCGCGGAGGUCGGGCCAUGUCCAUGUACGAAACGGGCUCUACUCCAAGGCAGUUCCCCCACCGAGGGGACCCAGCUCGGCAUGAGGAUGGAGUCGUUUUACAGCCUUUCCCAACGAAUAUUGGGAGGGGUCCUUUGGGGACGGCUGCUUCCUCCCUCCCUACCUUCCCCUCUUCCCUGUCCUGGUCGUGGGAUGAGAGAUCUCGAAGGGGCUGUAGUCUGGAGGGACAGAACGUCAUGCUGGAGAACGAUUACGACACUACGCCGAACCACUCUGAACUGGAGGAGACUGGCAGCCCUCUGCCAGCUUCUGACGCAGGGGAGCCGGGUGAGGAAGGUGAGGAAGAUGCCACCCUGCCAUGCACAGAGGAUGUCAUCUGUAAGACCGAGCAGAUUACUAAGAACAUACAAGAACUUCUGAGAGCUGCACAGGAGACCAAACAUGAAAGCUUCCUGCCUUGUUCAGAAAAAAUCUGCGUUGCCGUGACUGAGAUGGCUGCCCUGUUUCCCAAGAGGCCGUCCUCAGAGACCGUGAGAGGCUCUCUGUGUCUGCUCACAUCGAGCGCCAGCCGGCUCCAUGGAGAGUGCCAGAAGGCCGCGGACCACAGCCCCUGCCCGGCAGACAUUCAGCUGGUCACUCAGCAGGUCAUCCAGUGCGCCUAUGACAUUGCCAAAGCUGCCAAGCAACUUGUCACUGUGACAACCAAAGAAAACAACAACUAAAACCCAAAGACAUUCCUGAUACACCCAAAAUACAGCUUAUCAAUAAUGUCACUAAUUUCCACUUGAUCAGUGUUAUCUCCCCUGAAAUAAUCCACACUCACAUACAUUCCCUACGUUUUUAAAACCAUCAAAACUUUUAUUUAUUUUGUUUUUGUAUCAACAUAAUAGGUAGUAAACAACAAUUUUAAACGUAGGACCGAGUCUGAUACUACACUGUACCUCACAAAGUGAACUAGUUGAAACCACAAAUUUCCACAAGUGCAAUCCUGUGUAUGUAUAUACAAAACCAAUAGAACAAGCAGUUGAGCCUUCACGUCGUACUUUUCCACAUAGUGAUCAUCAGUUUAGCUCCUCAAAGUCAAUCAAUACACAGUAGAUGAUACUUGGCACCUAGUUGCUCCCCUUUUGCCAUUUUAAAUGUUUUAGAUGCAACGACAGUAUUUUAAUCUUGAACCAACGUGAUACCACUUGCUUAAAGUUCAAAUGUUUGUUUAGUUCGCAAACUGUGAUUAUUAAGAAAAAGAAAACCGCCUCAGAGCUUUGAGCACCGUGUAAGGCCAGCAGAACUGAGCGUGUGCAAACUUUCAUUCCAUCCAGCGGCUGAUUUCAGUCCUUCCGCUCUGGUUAAAGAUGUGUGUAUAGGUAAAGUAGUAGUAAUUUUUGGAGUCACAAUGUUACAGCCAUACUUCUGAUGUUGUGUGUAUGUGUGCGUGUGCUUGCAAGUGUGCGCGUGUGGGCAAUUUUGUCAUAGAGUCGGGCUCAAGGGCCCCUGUGACACCCAUUUUGAAUCAAUUUUAAUAGCAUUAUGCAAAUAUAUAAGAUGUAUGUAUCCAUGUAAUUCUUUAUCAGAAUAACCCAAAUGCUAUUCUAUUUAUAAACUUGUAUGUCAUACCUCUAAGAAAAUAUCAAUGUUUAUUUUCAUAAGCUUUUUUGUUUAACAUGAUGCUCCUCACAGACUAACUUUGUGUUCUGAGGUUUGGGACGUCUCAGCUGGCAGAAAGUUAAAGGCACCUGGUGAUUUCUGUUUAUUUAGUGUGGUACUGUAACUCCAGUGUUUUAGAUGCUACAUGUGCUCAAACAUGCGUACAGCUAUGGUUUACUAUCACUGGUGAAGUAAAUAUCCCCUAGGAGUUUGAGUACCUUGGGUAAUAUGUGUCACUCAUUGUUGUGAGUUUAAACCAGGGGUGGAUGAAGAGUACUAGGGUUUCUACACGUUUUAAAAAAAUCUAAUUUAAGACUUUAAAGACCUAAACUGAGAAAAAUUAAUACCACUUUUUGCAACGUAAACAGUCAAAAAUAAAAGGCAUGAGAUUUCUUCAUACAUCAGACCAGGAAUGAAUGAACUGUUAAUGAAAUGUCAAAUGAUAAAAACGCCCAAAUUUGGUGAUUUCUGGCACAUUUAAAGCCUUUAUUCUAUCAAUAUGUUCCAUGAUGAUAUUUACUGUAACCCAUUUUUACAGGUGUUGUUUUUGUGGAUGUUUUUCUUAUUAAAAAAUUAGAAUUACAUAAAAAUGAUUACUCCCUUCAAUACAACAAUUCAUUUCAAAUUUGCAUUAAGAGUCAAAAUAGACACAUUAAAAUAUUUUAAGAAUUGUUAAGCCCUAGUUUAAUCUACUCUUUGUUGUGGUAGUAAUAAUAUGGAAUGAUUUAUCGCUUGUAUUUAAAAAAAAUACAUAAGAUUAGUCAUUUUAAAAUAUUUGCAUAUUAAAUUGCAAUCACAAUAGAGGGAAAAAAACAUCUCAGAAUAUUUUCCCAGAUCUUUAUGUCCUAGCCCCCAUGAAACUUUGCAUUUAUUCUGGGUGCGAUUUCUGGUGCCUUCUGUCAAAGCAGCAUUUUCCAAAGUGACGAGACGUUAAUCCUGAUUAUUAGAGCAAUUCGUUCUCUGGCACAGUUAUUUUAGGGGUCGCAGGCUGAAAGUUUGGCUGCACUAGAUGACCACUAGCUUUUGCUUGCUUGUAUGACCACCAGCUAAAGAAAGAUUUUAGUAGGGCUGUCAAAAGAUUGCAAUUUUUAAUCAUCAUUAAUCUCAGGCUUUUUUGUUGUUAAUCACACUUAAUUGCACCCCUUUUUAAUGCAUUUCAAAAUUCAGCUGUUUUGACUUCAAAACUGUUUUUUGUCAUUUUUUUUCUAGUGUUAAACUAAGGGUGACUUCCUGUUUGGUAACAAUGCUGCUUUAUAGGUAGAUUGAAGAACCUAAUCAUGGAAAAAUAACUUUUUCUGGAUCUUAAAAUAAAUAAGGAAACAGUAAAAAUGUAAAUGUUUGAUAACACAUGUACCAGGUGAUUUGUGACAUAUCCAAUGAGCUGUCUCUGGGUAUUUUAAAAGUGAACUGAGGCAUAAAGUAGCAGUGGUGGACUUACUAUACAUCACUGUGGCUGCAGGGAGACGCUGACCUGGAUUAACCAACUGUGUGUUUAAAGAAACAAUGGAAGCAUGAGAUUAAUUGCAGUUUUAAAAAUUAUUACACUAAUUGUGGGCCUUAGUUGACUACAUUAAAAAAAUUAGUGCACUAAUUUCUGGUUUUGAUUAAUCAUGAUUAAAAAAAUUAGUGCAUGGAUUGUGGUCUUUGAUAGUCCGAUUUUAAAAAAUGAGUGCAAUAAUUGUGAUUGUGAACCUUGAUUAAUCUUGAUUAAAAAAAUAGUGCACUAAUAUUGGGUCUUGAUUAAUUGCUAUUCACAAAUGUGUCUACUAAUUGUGGACCUUGAUUGAUUGCGUGUAAAUCAAUUAAUCUUGACAGCCCUAGAUUUAAGUCAGACCAUGUAAUUUUUAUUUAACUUUUUGAAGCUUUGACCUUUAAAUUCAGCAAUAACGCCAUUUAUUACUGAUAAUGGUCAUUUUAAAGUUGUAGGCAUGUGCCAUAAAACAGUUUUGCUAUUUUCUAAAGUUAAAUGGCUUUGAGUCCUCAGAUAGUCAAUAAUUGACUUAUUCUUUGACAUUAACAACCCUAAAAUCAUACUAAGGCUCCUACAAAAUAAAGUUAAAACAGGGCUUUUUAAACUAUGGGCACCAUUUUUAAUAAGUAAACGUGUGAGUAUUCAGUCCCUCUCCACCCCUGGUUUAACCCUGACAUUUAAUCCUCUGUAACUUUAAGCCUACCGCUGCCUCCGUGCUUGAAACAAUCCCUACCUUAGGUAUAAUAAAGUA